AGCUAUGUUGAGAGGUGAGCACAAGAGUUUGUCCUCCGCACACAGUGGACAAAAGUGAACUGUAGCUGUAUGGAACUCAGUGCAUGCUGUUGUGGCUACUCUCCGCGGUUAAAAGAUUAACAACGUGCUCGACACUCAACCUUAUAUAAAUGUAGAUCGGGUGCUGAAUCCUCGUAUGUAAUCCAAAGAACAAAAUCCUCCUCUCCGCCAUAUACAGGACAGACGCAAAACGGAUUCAAUUUAUCGUCUCCUGUUUAAGAUUAUUUGCUAAACGGAAACCAUCUGUCGGGCUUCAGCAAUAAGCAAUUGGUUGGGUGUUCAGAGGCAUUACUAGAUCCAUUAUCUACCGCACCCUUCUCGUUCGUAAAUCCGACAGACUCAUGUCAGAGUUCGCUCCACGGUGAAGCAAGCAGCACCACAUGCCUUCAAUGCUUUCGGUUUUUGCAACCUUUCAGUGGAGUGAAUGAGAGAUCUCUUACCGAGUCCAGAAGAACGAGCGUCUGACAAUCAGAUAUUUUUUGUAACGGUAUUAAUACGAUAUAUCAAGAUUUGCACCGUCCGAAGAUCCCUUAUUUUUUCCUCUUUCCUGUGAUUUUUAACCUCCGCUACAGCCAGUCUGCGCUGGGACUUUUCUUUUGUUGUUUAAUAUGCCUCUGGUGAAAGUUAUGAGUUCUCCAACAAAGGGACUGCUCUACGGCUUUUACUGCACUGUACGGUAGAUGAAUGCGGAGUGGAAGCGUUGUAACUCGAGGCGGGGUUAAAGUUCAGCUCUAUGCAGCGGUGAAGCGUUCGUUGCAGUUCGCAGAGUUGGAAAUGUGAAAGCAAGAAGCAGGCUUUAUUUUUCUCUCUCCCUUCUCUCUGUCUCUCCUUUUUUUUCCUUUUCACACACACGGACACAGCCACCACGCAUACACGAGCAGACACGGACACACACCCACACACAUAAACACGCAGACCCGUCACAGCAACCAAAACACACACACACACGGGCACACACACACACACACAUACAUACAUACAUACAUACAUACAUACAUACAUACAUACAUACAUACAUACAUACAUACAUACAUACAUACAUACACUCUCCAAAUCCAAGAUUAGAUACAACAGAUAUGUAUUCUCCACUAUGCCUAACACAGGAUGAAUUCCAUCCUUUCAUCGAAGCUCUGUUGCCCCACGUGCGAGCGUUUGCCUACACAUGGUUCAACUUGCAGGCCCGCAAGAGAAAGUAUUUCAAGAAGCAUGAGAAGCGCAUGUCUAAGGAAGAGGAGCGCGCGGUCAAGGACGAGCUGCUCAGCGAGAAGCCUGAGGUCAAGCAGAAGUGGGCAUCACGCCUCUUGGCCAAGCUCCGCAAGGACAUCCGGCCAGAGUUCCGGGAGGAUUUUGUGCUCACUGUCACCGGGAAGAAGCCCCCGUGCUGCGUGCUGUCCAACCCCGACCAGAAGGGUAAGAUGAGGAGGAUCGACUGCCUGCGUCAGGCAGACAAAGUCUGGAGGUUGGACUUGGUCAUGGUCAUUUUAUUCAAAGGUAUUCCCCUCGAAAGUACUGAUGGGGAAAGGCUGGUGAAGUCCCCACAGUGCUCGAACCCAGGGCUGUGUGUGCAGCCUCAUCACAUUGGAGUUUCUGUGAAGGAGCUCGACCUCUACUUGGCCUACUUUGUUCACGCAGAUGGCCAGUCAGAGAGUCCCAACCAGCAGAGUGAGUCUGAUAUCAAGGAGCAGCCUGAGAACGGACAUCUUGGCUUCCAAGACAGCUUUGUCACAUCAGGUGUCUUCAGUGUGGCCGAGCUCGUGCGAGUCUCACAGACCCCCAUCGCAGCUGGGACGGGUCCUAACUUCUCGCUGGCCGACCUGGACAGCUCCUCCUACUACAGCAUGAGCCCUGGGGCAAUGAGGCGACCCUUACCCAGCACCUCCUCCAGCAGCUCGGCCAAGAGGAUCAAGUGUAUGGAGGACGAGGUGGACAGUCCAGGAGAAGAGUCCUACUACCCAGGCCAAGGGCGCUCCCCGGGCAGCGGCAGCCAGGCCAGCAGCUGGCACGAAGUGGAAACAGUCUGUCUGGCUGCCGUGAUCGCCCACGUGCAAGCCCCUGAGACAGGGCAGAGCGGGGACAGCUCAGGCCUGAUUAAUGAACACCGGAGAAGACUUGAUAGAGGGGGAGACCGAUGGACAGCAGAGGAAGAGGAGAAGGAGGAGGAGGAGGGAGAUGCUUGA